GCCAAUGGCGCACCAUAGAUCGACGUCCGCGGCGUUCCAGCCGUUCCGCGCGCUCGGGCUCGUGUCCAACCACGUCCCCUUCGCGGUGCAGCACUUGGGCGGUGCUGCUGGAGCUGUUGGCGGCGGCACUGGCUCGGCUGGCGGCGACCACUUUGUCACGACAUGUGUAGGGCGCGGAUUCCACGUGUACAACUGCGACCGCCUGCGCCUCGUCAUGGCCAGCGACCAGAUCCCCCACGGCGCCCCGGCACCAUCGUCAGCAGCAGGAUUGCGACGACGGGCGCGUGGCCAGCGGCGCAGGAGGGCGGCCGGUGGUGCAGGAGGAGCAGCCGCGGGAGGCGCUUCGAGCCGCAGCCUCGUGGAACGGCAGCAGCAGCGAGACCUCGCAGAUCAGGUCGACGAGGACGAGGACCAAGCCGAAGAUCAAGAUCAACGAGAAGAUGGAGACGAAGACGAAGGCGAGGAUCACGAGAUGGACAUUGACAGCGAGGACGACGAGCAAGAAGACCAGGACGAAGACGAGGAAGACGAGGAAGACGCAGACGCGGCUGCUGCGCUGAUCAUCCGAUGCAUUGCGUCGCACAGAUCAACAACCAUCACAACGCUGGGCAACGAAGUCAUCAUCUGGCAACGAGGAAAGAUUGUGCAGCGCGUCGGUCACUUGCACCCAAGGCGAGUGACGGUCGCUGGGGCGCGCACACUCAACGAAAUUCACUCGAUGGUGCUGCUCGGAGACCUCGUCGUCACCUGCUGCGACGGCAACCUCCUCAAGGCAUGGUCGCUGUCGACGCUCGAAGUCCUUAGCGAGCUGGAACUGCCAUCGCAAUCCUUCCACGUCUCGGCCGUCGUGCAUCCCAGCACCUACCUCAACAAGUUGCUCCUCGGCAGUCGCCAGGGUGGCUUGCAAUUGUGGAACAUUCGCACGCAGACGCUAGUGUACUCGUUCAAGGGCUGGGGCUCGCCGGUCACCUAUCUCGCGCAAUCCCCCGCCGUGGAUGUUGUCGCAAUCGGCCUUGAAAACGCCUCCAUCGUACUGCACAAUCUCAAGACGGACGCCGUGCUCAUGCGAUUCACCCAAGAUGGGCCAGUCACGUGCAUUUCCUUCCGAACAGGCAAUGUCCCAAUCAUGUCGUCGUGCGGAACGGAUGGCAACAUUGCCCUGUGGGACCUGGAGCACCGACGCCUCGCCAACAUUGUCAAGGACGCGCACGAGUCGGCAAUCGCUCGUGCCGAGUUCCUGCAGUCGCAGCCAAUCCUUCUGUCUGCGGGUGCCGACAAUUCCGUCAAGAUGUGGAUUUUCGACCAAACAGACGGAUCAGCCCGCUUGCUGCGAUCGCGUGAAGGACACUCUGCACCACCAACACGCGUUCGCUUCUACGGCUCGCCAGGAACGGCCACUGCUGGACAUUUGCUGCUGUCUGCUGGUUUGGAUCGCACUCUGCGCUUGUUUUCAACCAUCGCAGAUGCUCAAAGCACUGAACUGUCGCAAGGCCAUCUCAAAAGCAAGACCGCCCGCUUUAACGUCAAGAUUGAGUCGCUGCGCUUCCCUCCCAUCGUCGACUUUGCGGCCGAGGAUGCCCGUCAGCGCGACUGGGACAAUGUGGCCACCUGCCAUCUCGGCAGCAGUGUGAUUCACACCUGGCGCACCGAGACCAAGUCUGUUGGCAAGCACGCCAUCAAGCCGUCUGUUCAAGGCGCGACUGUUCAGUGCAUCACGGUGUCGGCAUGCGGUAACUUUAUUCUCGCUGGUCUCUCGGCCGGCGUGGUUGAUAUUCACAACAUCCAGUCGGGUCUGCACCGCGGCACACUUGGCGCCAAGGGCUCUCCACACGAUGGCACCGUCACUGGCGUGGCCAUCGAUGCUGUGAACGAAGUUGUGGUGACUUGUGGCCUGGAUGGCUUUGUUAAGUUCUGGAACUUUCAAAAUCGUCGCUUGAUUGCGUCUCAUGAGCUGGACGUGCCACUGACUCAGUUGGUGCUCCAUCGCGAGAGUGGGAUGGUCGCCGUGGUUGGUGACGAUUUUUCGGUCCGAUUGUUUGACGUGGAUUCUCGCAAACUUGUCCGCUUGUUUGCAGGCCAUGCCGCCCGCAUUACCGAUUUGACUUUUAAAACGGACGGGCGAUGGCUCGCCCCGUCCUCCAUGGAAACCACCAUCCGAAUCUGGGAAUUGCCCACUGGAUGCCUGGUCGAAUGUUCAAGUGCGAAAAUGCCCCCACCAGCGGCCAACCGAACUCUGUUCUCGACUGUAUCGCUGCGUGCAAUCGCUCCUGAUCAGCCGUUGACUGCCAUGCCUCUGCCUGUCAGUGGAGAAGAGCAGCUUGUUUCAGCUGACGCAGAAGACUCGAGCGCUGCAUACCUCAACGCCGAAGAUGGCAGCUUCAAAUCCGCAGACCAGCUCUCAGCGGAACUCAUCACGAUGUCCGCACUGCCGAAGGCACGUUGGUUCAACCUGACCAACCUCGAUCUCAUUCGUGAGCGAAACAAGCCCAAGGAGGCGCCCAAGGCGCCUGUGGCUGCUCCCUUCUUCCUUCCUACCAUCGCAGGAACCGAGGACAAGUUUGCAAUUCGUCUGGAGAGUGACGGUGACGAGAACAAUCGCUCAACGUCGCAAUCCCGCAUUUUAAACUUUGCCGACAUGGAUGUGCUAUCACCUUUCGCCCGCCUCUUGUUGAACUGUGGCGAGACUGACGACUUCGAACCGGCGCUCGCCCUUUUGAUCGAAUUCCCUCCAGUGGCAGUCGACCUCGAAAUCCGUGGCUUGUACAGUGGCAGCGACGCAAUCGUGUCGGGCCUCAGCAACCGUGCUGGCGACGUGACGCUGUUGCAGCAGUUUGGCAAGAUGCUCGUUCACGGGCUGCGAAAACGGACACACUUUGAGCUCUUGCAAGCCUUUUUGAACGUAUUUUUGAAGGUUCAUGAGGAGGCAUUUGCAAACCAAGAGCUGCUUCGACCGCUGGCCCGCGAGCUGCAAAGCGCUGUGGAAAGCACCUGGACGGACUUCCAGGACUCGUUCCAGCAUAGCUUGUGCAUGAUUCAGUUCAUGAAAAACGCUUCAUUGUAG